AUGUCUAUCCCAGCCGACCAAAUCCUCGAGGGUGCGGCCGUCAAGGCCUACGCCCAUGACACCGUGCUCGACGAUGAAGACUCCAGGUCGACAUCGCCUGUCCCGCCUGCCCAUGUUCCAUGGUUCCGGUCGACGAGGUUCCAAGCCGCCGUGCUUGCGGGAGUGUUCUUCUGCGGGCCUGGGAUGUAUGGAUCACUGAAUGCCUUGGGCGCCGGCGGCCUUCGCACACCGACCUUGGUGAACAUCACCAGCGGAAUGUCCUACGGCAUGAACUUUGUUUUCGCUUUUCUGACCGGAGUGUUGGUCAAUAUCUUUGGCGAGCGAAUCGUUCUUAGUGUCGGAGUCGUGGGCUUUGGCCUGUAUGCAGCAGCGUUAUACAGCAACAGUCGAUACGGCACAAUAUGGGCCAUGUAUGCCACGUCUGCGCUCCAGGGCUUCACGACUGCAAUCCUAUGGGUCGUGCAAGCAGCCAUCAUGCUGGCAUAUCCGGAACCCGAGUUUAGAGGUCGUUUCAUUGCCAUCUGGUACGGUUCGAUUUCCGUGGGCCAGCUGGUCGGCGGCACCAUCUCCCUGGCCCUGAAUGUGACCAACGACAAGGCCGGAAAAGUAUCUACAGUGACUUAUAUUCCUCUGAUUGCGUUGGCGUGUCUUGGUCCCUUCAUCGCACUCUUGCUAUCACCUCCGGACAAAGUGGUGCGGCGAGAUGGACGAGCUGUGAAAAAGAGCAAGCAACCAAGUGCGUGGCAAGAGCUGAAAAGGAUGGUUCUUCUGCUCCCCCUGAUCAUCUUCUCCCAAUGGUUUCUAUCGUACAACAGCACGUUCACGGCCGUGUACCAUUCCGUCCGUGGACGAGCCUUGAUCGCAUUCCUCAACCCCAUCGUUGGCGUUCUCGGCACAUUGGUGGCCGGGUGGUUCUUGGACACGGGCAGAUUUAGACGAUCGCAAAAGUUUCGCUGGGCCUAUUAUUCGUUGUACAUUGCAUUCACCGCCGUCUGGGUCUGGGCGACCGUGGUGCAAUGGUGGUAUUCGAAGACGAACCCCAAGGGUUUGGACUGGAAGCAGGGCGAAUACUAUGCAAGUGCAUUGUGGAUCUUGGCUUUCUCGUUUGUCGACCACGGCUUCCAAGUCUUCAUGUAUGCUCUUGUGGGCACUUUGACAGACGACAUUGACGAACUUGCGCGAUACACGGGUAUGUUGAAGGCUGUCAAUACCGGAGGCGCGGCGCUGGGUUAUGCCGUUCAGGUCAAAUGGAGUAUGAUGGGCGCCGAAUGUAUUUUGUUGGUGCUUUGGGCUAUCCAAAUCGUUCCAACAUGGUUUGUCGUGCGUGAAGUCAAGGACGAGCACGAGCAUCGAUGGUCCCAGAAGACAACGACUGGAGAAGACACUCCUGUCGAGAAGGAUGCUGUUGUGCCCAAGUAG